AUGUACCGUCGCAAGAAAGACCACAAACGUGGCAUUACAUAUUCUCUCAUGCUCGUGGGAGAUGCAGGAACCGGAAAGACAACUUUUGCCAAUAACCUGCUUGAAAUGGGCAUUUUCCCACACCAGUACAAAAUAGAGGCGCCCAAGUUGCCCGAAAACAGCCGCGUUAAGGUCGUGAAGCCCACAAUGGUUCUUUCCUAUAAUUCCAAAAACGGGAUUCCAUCGCACAUGGCACGCUUCGACGCUGCGUGCGAGCACUUUGAGCCCGGUGUGACCAUAACUUCGACUUCCAUGGAAAUUUUGACCGGUCAGGAACAGCCAUCAUCGCGGUCAUCGGUCUCCAGUGACAGUUCUUCGAUGACGCAGAAUGGCGGAGUCAAUGCGGACAAAAUAGCGUUCAGCUUGGUUAAAACGCACGGUCUGGGUGAAAACCUCGACAACACUUUGUGUUUCGACGAGAUCACUGCUUUCCUGGAACAACAAUUCGAUCAGGUGCUGGCAGAGGAAACGCGUAUAAAGCGGAACCCACGUUUCGAAGACACCAGGGUCCAUGUGGCACUUUACUUCAUCCCACCCACCGGUCACGGUCUCAGAGAAAUGGACGUGGAAAUGAUGAAAAGAUUAUCCCGGUUCACAAAUGUGCUGCCCAUCAUCGCUCGCGCAGACUCGUUCACCAAGGACGAACUUGCCAAGUUCAAAAAACAGAUCAUGGAUGACAUCGAGCGUUUCAGCGUCCCGGUGUACAAGUUUGAAGUGGAUCCAGAAGAAGACGAUUUUGAAACCAUUGAGGAAAAUCAGGCUCUGGCGAUGCUUCAACCAUUUGCGGUGAUGUGCUCGGACGAGAGAAACGACAAUGGUCAGUUUGUGAGGAAAUACCCAUGGGGUGAAGUUAGAGUCGACGAUGACAGUUUCUCUGAUCUGAGGGUACUCAAAAACGUUUUAUUUGGGUCUCAUUUCCAAGAAUUUAAGGACACCACUCAUAACUUCUUAUAUGAGAACUACAGAGCUGAAAAGCUGUCCUCAGUAUCCGAUUGGGAUGUGGACAAGACCGGAGACAGUACUGCUGACAAAAGGAACUCUGCCGCACCAAGUCUUUCGAAUUUUGCUUCUCUGAUAACGACUGGUCAGUUCAAGUCAUCGAACUCUCUGGCUAUACCCCCACGUUCUGACACACCUACCACUCCAGACUCGAGGGAAAUAAGUCAGGGUACGGACAUGGAUUCUCCUGGCCUGAGACAGGUCUCCCAAAGCAUAAGACGUGGAAACGAAGAAAUUAUCCACAAUAUCAAGAGUUCGCCAAGAACUUCUGCCCCGGGCUCCCCAGACAAGAGCAAAUUGAGAAACAUAUCGGAAACUGUUCCAUAUGUUUUAAAGCAUGAACGCAUUAUUGCAAAGCAACAGAAGUUAGAGGAGUUAGAGGCACAAUCUGCAAGAGAACUACAGAAGCGUAUCCACGAUCUCGAAAAACGUGCUGCAGAUCUGAAGUUGAGGGAAAGACUCCUGCGCCAGCAGCAUUUGAACGGCUCAAAUACAUCCUUGAGCUCGAGAAACUCCUCUACAGCACAAGUCGCACCAGUACAAUCGAAACUGAAAAAGGAAGAGAGUGUCACAGACCUGGCAUCGAUAGUGAGUGGCAGAGCGUAA